CGUUUAAAUUAGGCUCCGAUUAACAUCAAAAGCUCGAGCAUUGAAUUAAUGUGAGGGUGUACAGUUCUGGUAACGAGAUGUCACCACUCGCCAAAAUAUUACAUAAGGCUUAAUUAUUGUAAUUUUUGCCCACACACCCGUAGCCAUCCUUGCAUUAUUUUCAAUCUGGUAACGAGAUGAUAAACAACAAUCAAACUGUCUCCAAAAUAUAACAUAAGGCUUAAUUAUUGAAAUUUUUGCCCAUACACCCGUAGCCAUCCUUGCAUUAUUUUCAAUCAUCGUCAAAAAUGCCAUUUAGUAGAAGUUUCGUCCUAGACCAUUCGCAAGACGAGCCGAGCAAGAAAAUACAAAACCAAAUUCUGGCCAGCGACAGAGAGCAUCAUAAUUAUGCGUAUGUACGUGAUAACAAGUCAAUAAAUUCAUCAUCAUCAUCCGGAUCAGAAGCUUGUGAAACUAACGUAUGUAAAGUUGACAACACAAGUUACAGUGGUGAACGUUACUCAGAGGCGCGUCGGAAUGAAUAUCCGAGUUAUAGAAUUGAAGGACGACCAUAUCAAGUGGUUGUGGUGUUUAUGAUGAGCUUCGCUUUUCUCUGCAUUGGCGGCGUCUUGGUUUUUCCUUCAGUUAUCCUGUCGGACGUGCGUGUUUACAAUACCACCAUUUAUGGUUCUCAGAUGUCCUUCACUAAAGUUCAACAGGAUCUCAUGGGGAGUUUAUCAAGCGUGGGAGCCGUGUUGGGAGUUUGGGGAGGCGUGUUGUCGCAGCGCUUCGUCAGCAAAAUUAAAGUCUUCAUCGGUAUCGCGGUCAUCGCUUGUGUCUCGUGGGUAGCCAUCGCACUGUCCCCUUAUGCCUGGCUUUGCUUGCUCUUCAGGGUUCUGAACGGCGUGGUGUACGGCGCAGUGACGGCGACUGGCAUAGCCUACAUCGUGGAGGUGACAGAUGACGUCCUACGCGGACCACUUACUCUUGUAUGCGCUGCAUCCAUCAGCAUUGGCCAGGUGCUGAGUGUGGUGCCGGCAUAUUGGCUGCGGUUCUACGAAGUCGCAUUCGUAGAUUGUAUUUUCCCAGCUUUGUUCCUAAUUUGCUGCAUCUUCUUCUUGCCUCACAGUCCUACCGCUCUAGUCUUAUCAGGCAAACUCGGUGAUGCCAAGCGUAUUCUCACUCGACUCCGUAUCAAAGGAACAGACGUCGAUGCUCAGAUCAAAGACUUCCAAGAGAUCAAUAAGCUCCACAGGCAAACUAACGCAGUCAAGUCUCUUGCAAAUCGUGAAGUUCUCAAAAGACUUGGUAUUGUCUUCGUGCUGUUCAUCAUCCAGGUGUUCUCAGGUUACACGAUAUUUGUGGCCCAAACAGCGCGUAUCCUGGAAGACUCCGGCAGUACCAUGGAGGCGACACUGGCCACCUUCCUUGUGCAGCUCUCGCAGUUGCUGGGGAUCUCGAUCUCGGUCGUGCUGGUGAAAUGGUUGGGGCGACGCGGUUGUCUGCUUCUCUCGCACCUCAUCAUGGCGGUGUCGGUGGCGGUGCUUGCCAUCUUUGUGCUCCAGACGCGCGCGUCAGGAGGCGACCGAAUGAGCAACAACGUCACCGUUGUGGAUGAUGAACAAAAUGUCCCAACAUGGCAAAUUCCACAGCAAGCAGAUGAAGAAACGGGCGACAAUGUCUACUUCCGCUCUGCGGCGUGGAUGUCCGUAGAGUGGCUGCACGAUUACCUACAAACCACGGCCGAGAACUCGACUUUAGCCGGCACCAGCACCGCAGCCGUCGGCGAGUACGGCUGGGUGCCGCUCGUGUGCCUCGUGUGCGCUCAGAUGGGCGCUGCUGUGGGCAUCCAGAGCAUCCCUUUCAUCCUCUCUUCUGAGUACUUCCCCACCGCCAUCAGACCCAUUGCGUCUGCAAUUUGCGUGUCAGUUGCCAUGAUACUGGGAGUGCUGAACCUGCAACUCUACUCGCCCCUGCAGGACGCUUUGUCCCAGGCGGGACUGCUGUUCCUGCACAGCGCGGUCUCGGUCCUGGCAAUUCCGUUUACUUUCUUCAUGGUACAGGAAACUGUCGGUAAAAGUGUUGGGUGAUGACCG